AUGUGGCAGCCGUUUCCCAAAUUCUACAUCGUUCGACCAGACUCGCGUCCCGUUCCUCUGAUUCCUCUCGAUGAGCUCCCAGACUGGCUGCAAGUUGGCCCAUGGGAUUGGAACGAUCUUUCUUGCUAUAGAGGGAUGGCCCUAGUCAACUAUUAUCCUAUGUGCCGAGAAGGAGAAUAUGAUAUUAUUUGCUAUCACUGCUUAGCUACCGUCGACAGCAUGUUAAAUCGAAGAAUAUCUGAAACACCCAGCGAACUCUGCACCUCUGCUCUUGUACCAGCCUCCGAGAAAGGGGACAAGAGAUACUCAAACUUAUCUUGCCUUUCUGCCAAAGACAACCUUUCUCCGCUGAAAUGGUCUUCAAAUCAGUCACUACAACCGUUGGAACAACCUCCAUUCUAUACAACCCUUCAGCACCCAUUUAUCGGGAUGUGUUUUGUGUCUUAUUUGUUCCAUGGCUCAGAUAAUUGCAAUGAUAACCAUAGCGAUGGCGACUAUGGAUUACAAGAAUUCAAUCUAUCUGACAUAGACGAUGUGGACAAUAGUGAUCAUCAGAUGAAUGGUCAAUGUCCACGAGGCGAACGAGGGCCUGAGGGCCCGCAAGGUCCACAGGGUGUGCCAGGCCCCCGAGGUCCCAGUGGUCCCCCCGGAUUGCCAUGGUACGCGGAUCCUCCCGAAGGUGAACUCUUUGAAGAAGACGGUGACCAUGAACAUGUAAACAGAACCCCACUUCUUAGGAGAAUAGAGCUGCCGCAGCCUGUUCAAGACCUGAUGGGGAUGAUCCGUGAGCUACCUGGGGGGAACAAUUUUGAUCAUAAUAUUGCCCAAAACCUAGUACUGCAGAUCUAUGCAGAGUCAUACAUUCGAGGUUUAUUGGAUCGGCACAAUAAUUUUACUUACGUGCAGAACCAAAACCAACGAGAUCCACCGAAUCAAGAGAACCCCCAGAAUCCCGCAAACCGGCCUGCGACUGAGCAGGAGCCUGAAAACCAAGCAGCAGGACAGGGGCCCUCUCAAGCUAACCCUAACCCAGAACAUAAUGAUGAUCUCCUUGGCCCUCUAAAUCCUCCAAGUGAAGGUUCUGGAAGCUCUGGUAGUUCUGGGAGUACUGUAAAUCCGAACACCACACAAAAUACUCAGAGUCUCCCAAGUGGAAAUCCUGGAGGUUCUGGUAGCUCCGGAGACCCUGGAAUUUCGCAAAACACAUCAAUUCUUGAACCCCCCCAAGAUCAACAGAACGAGGGCCAGCAAGGGCAGCGAAACCCUCCAAACUCACCUGGCUUACAAGGUCCACGAGGUCAUAAAGGACCUCCAGGUCCACGAGGCCCACAGGGUCCUGCUGGUCCUCAGGGCCAACGAGGUCGACGUGGUCAAGCUCCACCCCCUGGGAUCGAGCCCUUCUACCUGACGGGUUUCCAUCCUCGGCGAGGUGAUCAAGAAUCAACUGAGAAUGGCAAUAACUUAUUCAUGUGGACUGCCCGUCGCCGGCAAGAAGAGCCAGUUGCUGCACGCCUAACAACCCCAGUGGUGGGUGCGUCUUUUGCCAAUCCAGCUUCUUCUCACGGUUCGAGGCUUUCAAAUCCUGGAGGCUCGAUAUUACGAACGUCCUUUGACAACUCACGUUCCUCGAAUCUGCUACAUUCUUCAAGCUCCUCGGAUUCCUCUGGAGGCGUGAUACUCAGAGCAGGCGCAGAAAGUCCACGUUCUUCGAAUCCGUUAGGCUCUUCGGGCUCUUUUGGUCCCUUAAACUCUUUAAAUUCUGGAGGCUCGAUCCUGGGAGCAUCUGUUGCCAACCCAAAUGCUACAGGUUCUGAAAGAGCUCAAGUGGCCCCUAGCUCAAACCCUGCCCAGCCAAGCUCCCGUAGGGUAUAUCCGUCAAGCGCAGCACCAGUCAUGUCGGGUGCUCUGGGUGUGACUAGAAGCAACCCAGAAAACACAAACCCAACGAACACAAACCCAACAACUCAGAGAAUAAGCGCUUCGGGUACGCCCACUAUCGACCCAAGCCUCUUGACUAUAAGACCUCCAGGUGACGAUGACGCAGGUCCAGGCCCCCCCGGCGACAUUUAUGAAUCAGGGAUAGGCACAUCUACUACAGACUUAAAUGUUGCGCAGCAAGAAUAUACAGCCUUAGAAGCUUCUGCUGUUGCACCCGCGGCGGAAUCUAGCUCUCCAGGGCAAGGUUCCACGGACAUUCUCAACCCCGGUUUGAACCCAUCAGAGUUAGGCGGUCCAGGAUCUUCUGAUGUGGGCUUUGGCACCGGAGAAGCGACGUUGCCUGGUGAAGGCCCGGAUGUUCUAGACUUCGAUGGGGAAUACACUCUGGAACAAAACUUUCGACACGCAAUUCGUCCCCCGCUUGCCAUUUCAGAUAUAAGCGAUACUUGGAUGCCAGGCACGCAAGUCCCUAUAGACCAGACUGAAGUUGGCAUUUCAAUGCCAUCAACAAUAUUUGAUCCAUUUACGAACUCGCUGUUCCAGGCUCCUAUUUGGAAUACCCAAGUAGGCGGUGCCCAAGUAGGCGGUGCAGGUGGUGCGAUCCUUUUACAGACAGGCCAGCAGGAAACUUUCCCAUCGGAACCAGUUCUAUUGCCACCGUCAACGUCAGCUCUUCCUCCGCCAGUUCCUGCUGGACUACCUUUUUCGCAGCUAGUUACACAGCCAGCCCCUGUACCACAACAAAGAUUCCCCCAAGGCAUUCCUGAGCAGCUUCCACGCCAGAACCUUCUAGAUCAGCCUGAGGUACAACAGCGGCUUCCGUUGCCACCGUCAGUAUUCCCAGAAGUUCAAUCUCAGCCUACAUUACAGCCCGUGAUGGCACAAGAUGCACCGACCCAGUCUUUUCAGGCGGAGCAAGGCCCCUCAGAACGAGCUCCUACACAGCCAGCGAUGGCACGAGAUGCACCGACCCAGUCUUUUCAGGCGGAGCAAGGUCCCUCAGAACAAGCCCCUACACAGCCAGCGAUGGCACGAGAUGCACCGACCCAGUCUUUUCAGGCGGAGCAAGGCCCCUCAGAACGAGCUCCUACACAGCCAGCGAUGGCACGAGAUGCACCGACCCAGUCUUUUCAGGCGGAGCAAGGUCCCUCAGAACGAGCUCCUACACAGCCAGCGAUCGCACCACAAGCUCCAGUGAGAGAUAUCCCGCGUCCCGAACCAUUGUCUCUAUUUCCACCACAUCCAUCAGUGGUCGCGGCCCUGUCGCGAACAGCCGGGAUCCCUGACUUUGCAGAGGAGCCCCCACCAAUCCAACCGCCUCCACCAGGGCAGUGGCGGCAUGAUGAGAAUAAGGACAGCUGGCAAAUAAUUGCGGAAAUCUUUGCUCAAGAUAGGGAGUCAAUACCAGCUGUUCAUUUCGAUGACCAACAGCGAGAGCAGCAGGCAGGACAAGUGCAGUCGACGCCGCCACCGGUCCCACCGCCAGUUCCGCAGCCACGGCACCAGGCGCAGGCCCCACAAGCAGUACAAGUACCGAGACUGUUUCAAACACAACAAGGAGGGCAAGAACUACAGGAACAGGGAUUCGGCGAGAUUCACGCAGAGGAAGCACCGUCGCAUGAGCAAGCAGCGCAACGGCGAGACAAGGGCAAAGCUCCGAGGCGUUAA